AUGAGUCUAGCAGCAAGUUUUAAUUUAAUUAGUGAAUUAUUACCUCUAUGCUUGUCAUCAAAAACUACUCAAGAAGAUUUGAUUAAACUUGUUUAUGAUCGAAUGAAUGAUUUUGUUAAUGAUGAAAGUAGUGAUAAAUGUGCUUGUGCUAUAAUUAAUCUUCUUAGUAAAGUUCGAUCAUGUUUAUAUGAUUCAUCAAAUGCUGAAUGUAAAUGUCAAUAUUGGGGAUUAAUUUUAAAAUUAUCUUCAUUUUCAUCUGAUAAUGUUCGAGAAACAUUUAUUAAAACGAUUCCAUUGAUUAUUAAUGAUAAACGUCUUUCAGUUGAAUAUUUUACAAAUGAUGCAUUGUUAUGUCUAUCAAAUGAUUUAUUCAUUAAUCUUAUUGUGAAUCUAUUUAAUCAUUUAUUAAGUGAUAUUCAUUCAAGUGAUGAAGAUGAAGAAGAAAUUACGUUGAAUCGUCGUUUAUGA